AUGCUCUUAUCUGGGGGUAGACCCCCAGCGCAGGAAUGGUUCAUGGUGCAGUCAAAAUCGAAGCCUCGGGUGCACCGACAGCGGUUGCAAGUCCAGCGCAUCUUCAGGGUCAAGGUGAACGCCUUCCAGAGCCGUCCCGACAACCCCUACUUCUGGCUGCAGCUGGAGGGGCCCCGGGAGAACACUGGUAAAGCCAAGGAAUAUCUGAAGGGUCUGUGCAGCCCAGAACUGUGGAAGGAGGUUCGCUAUCCACCAGUCCUGCACUGCGCCUUCCUCGGGGCACAAGGCUUAUUUCUGGAUUGCCUCUGCUGGAGUACUCUGGCUUACCUGGUGCCUGGUCCCCCAGGCUCCUUGAUGGUGGGUGGGCUGACUGAAUCUUUCACCAUGACACAGAACUGGCUGGAGGAGUUGGUGGCACGGCUGCGCUGGGGCCCUGCCCCUAUGACCACUCCCCGGGGGAUUUGGGAGACAGAGGUGACCCGGGCUUUUGGGGCCCUGGUGUGGAUCCGUGGUGACCAGUAUGCAAGAGACCUGCUGCAGCUUCCCCCAGCAGUCCAGGAGCUGCUCCUCAGCCUCGUGCGGGAUGCUGCUGGCAAAGAAGACAUCGUUGAUUGGCUUGGCCACUUUGGCAUCUCUAGUGUCUGCUCCAACCCAGAGGUCCUGAUCUGCCCUUCCCAGCAGCAGAAGGAAGGCUCAUCCCUGGUGACCGUAGGAGAGAGCCCUGGACCCUUCCUAGAGAUAGGAACCUGGAAUCAGGCUUCAGAAAAUUCAAAGGGAUCAACAGGCUUGGGAGCAGCUGGAUCCCUGAUGCCAGCCCAGAGCACUCAGCGGGAGAGAGCGUGCCAGCUAGUGCAGAUCCGUUCCAACAAGCAAGGUGAUGCGAACAGUGCUCGAGAGGAAGGAGCCAUUGUGCAAGCCAUCAGCAGCCAGGACUCUGCAAAUCAUACACAAGCGCUCCUGCAGCAAAGGCAGGUACAGAGGAUGGAAAACAGAAUGUCAUUGCAGUCACCGGUGUCAGCUCUGAGUGUAUGGGCCCCAGGGCCAGCCUUUGGGCCCUUGUGGCCAGGUACUAUUGCUGCAACAUUCUGGAAGAUCAAUGAACUGCAAUCUCUUCACUUGGCCUGGCUCCUAUCCCAGGCUUGCUUCAAUUUCCCCUUCUGGCAGAGACCCGGGGUCCCCAUUCAACUGAAGCUGCCAGGCCAGACUCCUUUGCCCUUAAACCUGGAGUGGAAGCCGAAAGAACUGGCUCCUCUGCCCAGUGCAGAAAACCAGGCUUGUAGACCAGAUGGGGAACCAGGAAGGGAGACAGCCCUAGAGCAUAGUCCGAAGCCAGAGAUGCCCACAGAAGUCACUAGUUUAUCAGUGGUGCCAGGGGAUUGUGUUAUCAAAGAGAUGGUUAGUUCAGGACCCCCACAAGUAGGGCCAUCUUUGACAUCUAUACCCCAAGCUAGAGUUGAGCGGAAAGAUGAAAGCAGUGCAUUGUCAGAUGGUAAAGGCCUGGAAAAGUUAUCCUCUUCAGUACUGCCCACAGAGCAAAGGGGACCCACAGCUCAAGAGAAGCCAGUGGCUCAAGCAGAGAUGACAGAUCAGUCUGUACCCAAGGCUCCAACACUGUCUGAAACUCUUGAAAUGCCCACAGCUAUAGCAGCGUCCAAAGUUGAACACCCACCCAUCGAGGAAGGGCUGCCUGCAGCUCCCAAAGUGCCUCCAGCCAUAGAGAGGUCUGCAGUGUGCACAGAGCCUGCAGCUCCCAAAGUGCCUCCAGCUCCAUCAAAGCCAGCAGCUCCUGUGGUACCCACAGCCCCCAAAGCAGCUGCGGGUCAACAAGCAGCUCCCGUGGUAUCCACAACUCCCAAAACUCCUACAGCGCAGAAAAUGCCUUCAGUAAAAACACCUGUGGGCCCAACCCCCAAAGUUCAGACUGGGAAUGCCACUAAAGCGGGGUCUGCAACUCCCAAAACACCUUCGACCACUAAAGCACCUGCAACUUCGAAAGCCUCCAGAGCAUCUACAACAUCUGCAGCCCAGGGGCCUAUGGCUGCAGGCCAAACCUCAGAUGUAGCCAAACCCUUGAGUGAGGUUCAGGCUUCAAAGAGUAGAGCUGCCGGGCCGAAGGGCCAGGGGAAGGCUGGCAGGCAGGGUCUCCAGGCCAGUAGCACCUUGGCCUCCAGAAAUAAGCAUCCGUUCCUGAGGGAAGGACUUCUUGGGGCUUGGGAGGGGGCCCAGAGGCCGUCAUCUCACCACCCACAGGCCAAUAACACAGUGACCAGCUUCCAGAGGUACCACGAGGCUUUGAACACACCCUUCGAGUUGAACUUGUCUGGGGAGCCUGGGAAUCCAGGGCUUCGGAGAGUGGUCAUUGACGGCAGCAGUGUGGCCAUGGUACAUGGCCUCCAGCACUUCUUCUCUUGCCGAGGCAUCGCCAUGGCAGUGCAGUAUUUCUGGAAUCGAGGACACCGAGAGGUCACUGUGUUUGUACCCACCUGGCAACUGAAGAAGAACCGGAGGGUGAGAGAGAGCCACUUUCUGACGCAGCUUCACUCACUCAAGAUGCUUUCAAUCACUCCAUCCCAGCUGGAAAAUGGCAAGAAGAUCACCACCUACGAUUACAGGUUCAUGGUAAAGCUGGCAGAGGAGACAGAUGGAAUCAUUGUCACCAAUGAGCAGAUUCACAUCCUAAUGAAUAAUUCCAAGAAACUGAUGGUCAGAGAUCGCCUGCUGCCCUUCACUUUCGCCGGAAAUCUCUUCAUGGUACCAGAUGACCCCCUGGGCCGUGAUGGCCCCACCUUGGAUGAAUUUCUGAAGAAGCCAAACAGGUUGGACAUGGACAUUGGCAAUUUCUUGAAGGUGUGGAAGACCCUUCCUCCCAGCUCGGCCAGCAUCUCUGAGUUGAGUGACGAUGCUGAUCCCGAGCCUUUGGUGGCUCCACAGAAUGUCAAAGAGGUCAGGGAGACGAGGGAGGAGAUCCCGGAAGAGGAGCUGAUGCAGGGGCCAGGAGCACCAGAGCCCGAUGAGCAAGAUGACCACGACUCUUCCCUCGUGUCAGUGUUUGGAGCCGAAUGCCCUCCCUUUUCUGAGGAAAUCCUCUGGUGUCUCAGCCUUCAUGACCCUUCUGAGGGAGCUUUAGACAUUGACCUCCUGCCAGUAGUGUCCUCCCCCUACGUGGAUGCUCCCUGGGAUGGAAAGGCUCCCUGUCAACAGGUUCUUGCCCAGCUUGCUCAGCUCACUAUCCCUAGCAACUUCACUGCGCUGUCUUUUUUUAUGGGCUUUAUGGAUUCCCACAGGGAUGUUAUUCCGGACUAUGAAGUCCUCAUGGGCCCCCUGCACAGCCUCCUCAAGCAGAAGCCAGACUGGCAGUGGAACCAGGAGCAUGAGAAGGCCUUCCUGGCCCUGAAACGAGCCCUUGUGUCUGCCCUCUGCCUGUCAACCCCCAACUCCCAUCUGCCCUUCUACCUGGAAGUGACCGUCAGCCAAGUGUCACUGACGGCCAUCCUGCAGCAGGAACACUCAGGAAGAAAGCACCCCAUUGCCUAUACCUCGAAACCUCUCCUCCCUGAUGAGGACAGUGAGGGCCCUCAGUCAGGCGGGGACAGCCCCUAUGCUGUGGCUUGGGCCCUCAAGCAUUUUUCCCGAUACAUUGGAGACAACCCAGUGGUUCUACGUCUCUCCUAUGCCUCCCGUACCACUGUGGACAAUGAGACAUGGGAAAGCCAUAGGGUUUCCAAAGCGUGGCUGAUUCGAUGGUCUCUCUUGGUGCAGGACAAAGGCAAGAGGGAUUUGGAAUUGACCCUUCUCCGGGGCCUGCUGGGGGAAAACCAGUUGCUGACACCUGCUUCCUCCAUGCCUCGAGUCUUCCAGCUUCUGCCCCCUUCUACUGACCUGUCUACUUUUAUCUGCAUCCACAUUUCUGGCUAUUGCUUCUACCGUGACGACGAGCUGUGUGCUGGCUUUGGUCUCUACAUCUUGUCUCCCACCAGCCCCCCAGUCUCCCUUGCUUUUUCCUGUUCCCCUUAUACACCCACCUAUGCCCACCUGGCAGCUGUGGCCUGUGGCCUAGAGCGCUUUGGCCAGUCCCGUCUCCCAGUGGUUUUCCUCACUCACUGUAACUGGAUCUUCACCGUCCUCUGGGAACUCCUGCCACUCUGGAAAGCCCGGGGCUUCCUCUCAUCUGACGGGGCUGCCCUACCUCAUCCAAGCUUGCUCUCCUAUAUUAUGUCUCUCACUUCUGGCUUCUCAUCCCUUCCCUUUAUCUACAGAACCUCUUAUCGGGGAUCUCUAUUUGCUGUGACAGUGGAUAAUUUGGCCAAGCAGGGUGCCCAAGGAGGCGGGCAGUGGUGGGAUUUGCCAAAGGAUGUGCCAGUGCCAAUGGUGACUCCCCAUACUAAAGGCAGGAAGCCCGACUUGCUGGCCUUACAGCUGAGUGACAGCACUUUGGCUGAUAUCAUUGCCAAGCUGCAGGCAGGGCAGAGAUUGUCUGGGCCCUCCCCUUUCAGUUCUGCCUUUAAUUCACUCAGCCUUGACAAAGACAGUGGCCUGCUUAUGUUCAAGGGGGAAAAACAUCCCAGGGUCUGGGUAGUCCCAAGGCAACUUCGGAGGGAUCUGAUUUUUUCUGUGCAUGACAUCCCCUUGGGGGGACACCAGAGGCCAGAGGAGACCUAUAAGAAGUUGAGGUUGCUGGGAUGGUGGCCUGGGAUGCAGGAACAUGUGAAAGAUUACUGCAGGAGCUGUUUGUUUUGCAUUCCCCAGAAUCUCACAGAGGGUGAGUUCAAAGUUAUUGAGUCCCCAUGGCCUCUCAGGUCAACUGCUCCCUGGUCAAGCCUGCAGAUCGAGGUGGUAGGUCCAGUCACUGCAAGCGAGGAAGGUCAUAAGUAUGUGCUCAUCGUGGCAGAUGCCAACACCCGGUGGGUGGAGGCAUUCCCUCUGAAACCCUAUACGCACAUGGCUGUGGCCCAGGUGUUACUGCAGCAUGUGUUUGCAAGAUGGGGUGUUCCCAUGAGGCUGGAGGCAGCCCAAGGCCCCCAGUUUGCCCGGCAUGUCCUGGUGAGCUGUGGGCUGGCCCUAGGAGCCCAGGUGACCACGCUGAGUAGGGCCCUCCAGUUCCCUUGUUUGAUGAGUUCAGAGGCCUACUGGGAAUUCAAGAGGGCCUUAAAGGAGUUCAUCUUCCUGUACGGCAAGAAGUGGGCAGCCUCCCUUCCCUUGCUGCACCUGGCUUUUAGGGCCUCCACCACGGAGGCCACCCCAUACCAGGUCCUGACUGGGGGUGAGAUGAGGCUGAUGGAGCCCUUGUGGUGGGAGAUGAGCACUGCAAACAUUGAGGGGCUCAAGAUGGAUGCUUUCUCGCUGCAGCUGAUGCGGGAGCUGUUAGACGUCCACUGGAGGGUGGCAGAAAAGGCGAGCGAGAAAGCUGACAAUAGAAGGCUGAAGAGGGAGAUGCAGGAGAAGGAGUGGACUGUGGGUGACCAGGUCCUUUUGUUGUCUCUCCCCAGGAACGGCAGCAGUGCCAAAUGGGUGGGUCCCUUCUACAUCGGAGACCGGUUGAGCCUAUCACUCUAUAGGGUGUGGGGUUUUCCGACCCCAGAGAAGCUGGGCUGUGUCUAUCCUAGCAGUCUAAUGAAGGCCUUUGCCAAUGGUAGCACACCUCUGUCCCUUAGUGUGUCUCUCAGUGACUUGGAGCUGUGA